AUGCAGCCUCCCGGUAUUUACAACCAUCACCGGCUUCCUCCUGCCGCAGCCCAGACAGGCGGACCCCCCGCCAAUGUCCCCCCACAGGCAUCCCGCCUUAUGGAGGCCUUUGAUAUGAUCAAAGGCGAGUACGACAAUGCUCUUGCCGAGGCAGCUGGCUGGAAGGCUCAGCGCGACGAAUAUGAAAGCCAACUCAAUCAUCAGAUCCAGGAGCUGACCGCUAUUCGGAAAGCGCUGUAUGAGUUGGAGACUCAGCACACCAAGCGAGGUCAAGAACAAGAGGCCGAGAUUGUGCGACUUCGGCGAGAGAACGAGAUGUUGCGUGCCGCAGCCGCAUCCAACGGCCCCAUGCCCACGGAUAUUCGUGGCCCCGAUGGCUACGCUCCUCUGGCACCACCGGCGAACGGAGGUGGAGGAGAUGUCGGGUCCUCGCGCUCAUCAUACCCCCCUCCUCCCAUUCAACGACCCCUCUCGACUGGCAUCGACCGCCGCGACUCCCGCUCAGUGCCACCACAGGGUAGCCCCACGCCUCUGCUCUCCGACCUCGAUCCCGAGAAUGUUUCGCGCGAGUUGAAGAAGGAAGGUUCCGACUGGUUCGCUAUCUGGUCGCCCAAGGUCAAGAAGCAGCUGGAUGUGUCGCUGGUUCACUCUCUAGGGCACGAUACUGUUGUCUGCUGUGUAAAGUUUUCAAACGACGGCAAGUAUCUCGCAACGGGUUGCAAUCGCACCGCUCAGAUCUACGACACGAAGACUGGCGCCAAGACGUGUGUACUGCUCGACGAGUCAGCACCGCGCACAGGUGAUCUUUACAUUCGCAGCAUCUGCUUCAGCCCAGAUGGCAAGUUCCUUGCUACUGGCGCGGAGGAUCGUCAGAUUCGGGUGAGUUGGACUACAAUUUGGGACAUCAAGCAGCAACGCAUCCGUCAUCUACUCCAAGGACACAUGCAGGAGAUCUACUCGCUCGACUUUAGCAGAGACGGACGCUUCCUUGUCUCGGGUUCUGGUGACAAGUCUGCACGUGUUUGGGACAUUGAGAAGGGCGCGUGCAUUUUCGAUCUGCGUAUCGAGGACUUUGUCCACAACGAGCACGGCCCGAUCGAUGCCGGAAUCACGUCUGUUGCUCUGUCUCCGGACGGGAAGCUUGUCGCCGCCGGCUCGCUGGACACCAUGGUGCGCGUCUGGAACGUCCAGACGGGACAGCAGGUGGAGCGGCUCAAGGGACACAAGGACUCGGUGUACAGCGUCGCGUUCUCACCCGACGGCAAGUCGCUCGUCUCCGGCUCUCUGGACCGCACAUUGCGGGUCUGGGAUCUUGCGCAGACCAAGCGCGCCGUGGAGCACUCUCCCGCCGGCUCCAAGGAGGUCGAAAAGGGAUUGGGCACAUGCGCGUCCACGCUAAAUGGGCACAAAGACUAUGUUCUGUCGGUGGCCAUCUCACCCGAUGGACGAUGGGUCGUCUCGGGCUCAAAGGAUCGCUCUAUCGAGUUUUGGGACAUCCUGAGCGGGCAGGCGCAGUUCAUGCUGCAGGGGCAUAAGAACUCGGUCAUCUCGAUUGAUCUCGCGCGCUCAGGUGGCCUUCUUGCCUCUGGCUCUGGCGAUUGUCACGCCAGGAUCUGGAGCUAUGGACCACCCUAG